AUGGCAUCGUAUCUGGGAAGCCUAGCGCAAUUUAAUGUGAAUAUUGAUACGUGGCAGAUCUACCAGGAACAGUUGGACAGAUUUUUGGAGGUUAAUAAAAUCAAGAAUGAUUUUCAGAAAUCAGCUUUAUUAAGCAGCAUUGGUCAGGACGCUUACAAACUGUUACGUGAUUUGUGUACGCCACAAUUACCAAAAGAAAAAACUUUCGAGGAAUUGUGUAGCUUGAUGGAAAACCAUUUUACUCCGAAAAUAAACAUUUUCCGGGAGCGAAAUAAUUUUUAUGCGGCUAGUCAACACGAUGGCGAAUCAGUGGCCGAUUUCACAGCAAGAUUGAAGAAUUUAUCAACAAAGUGCAGUUUUGGCGCCAAUCUCGAAAGUAUUUUAAUCGAUAAAUUUGUUUUCGGUUUAAAAUCGGGGAAGAUUAAGGACAGAAUCUGCGAGGAAAAACCCACUGUAGAAACAACUUUUUCUCAAAUUGUCGAAGUCACACUUGCGAAAGAAUCGUACUUAUCUAAUGAGGCAGGUCAAGUUAACUGGAUCAAGAACAAACAAGGACAACAAUUUCGGCAAAAAUUCCACGCGACGGGGGCGGAAUACAAGAAUUCCGGUUCGAGGCACGCGGAUUGUAGAGAUCGGGUUUCAAAGGAUACAAGGGACCAAGGAGCGCAGAAACAGAUCCAUGGUCAAUCCAAGAGAAGCAGAAUUAAUUCCAAGGUCGAGAGUCGGAGAAUCAACAGUGCACCAGAGAACAAUCAAUGUCGAGUUUGCGGUAAGCAGCACACGGGGUUUCAGAAUUGUAAAUAUAAAAAUUAUCGAUGUAAUCUUUGUGGUGUUAUAGGACAUUUAGCUUUAAUGUGCAAUAAAUCAAAAAGUAUAAAUUUUUUGAAUGUGGCGGUAGAUGAUGUUAUUCAUGAGAGUUUAAUUUUGAAUAUGGAAACGAACGAGUUAAAACCUAUUAUUUUAGUUGUAAAAGUGAAUGGUAUUAUGGUAAAGUCACAACUAGAUUCGGGUUCAGGUUUAACAGUGAUUUCGGAAAAAACUUUCUACGAACUGUUCAAUAAAAAUUCUAUUUUAAGGAAGGUUUUUAAGAGUGUUAACGGUUACACUGGUGAAAAAAUUAAUGUUUUGGGUUUCUUUCUCGUGGAGAUGGUUUUCAAUGGUAAGACUUGCGAAUAUUUCAGCAUUUUUGUAGUUGAGAAAGGAGGUCCAAAUUUGUUAGGCAGGGAUUUCAUGGAUAAAUUUAACAUAAAAUUGACUAAUAUCAAUAUGUUAGAUCAUACCGAACCUAAAUUAAAACAAUUAAAAAUUAAAUAUUCAAAUUUAUUNUUUUUCAAAAGUUAAUAGAGCAACUUUUCCAAGGUUAUGAUUGUAUAGCAAAUUUUUUGGAUGACAUUAUAAUAACCGGACAAGACAGGGUAGAACAUUUGAAUAAUCUGGACAAAGUAUUUAACAUUUUAAAUGAGGCGGGUUUAAAAGUUAAAUUGUCUAAAUGUGAAUUUUUUAAAAGUGAAAUUGAGUAUUUAGGUCAUAUCAUUUCGGCGGUGGGUUUGCGUAAAUGAGAAAAUAAAGUUAGAGCGAUCGCAGACGCGCCAGCACCGCGCAACACAACGCAAGUUAAAUCUUUCGCGGGUAUGGUAAAUUAUUAUUCUAAAUUCUUACCGAACGUUUCGAUUAUUAUGAAACCUAUUUAUAAUUUACUAACGAAAAAUAAACAUUUCUGUUAGACUCCGGAUUGUCAGAUAGCAUUCGAUAAAAUUAAGGAAUUGGUCAUUUCAGAUAAAGUUUUAGUGCAUUUUAACCCAAGUUUCCCAAUUAUUUUAACGACCGAUGCGUCUAACGAUGGUAUCGCGGGUUGUUUAUCGCAUAAAAUGCCGGACGGUGAUGAACGACCGAUAAGUUUUAUUUCGAGAACAUUUAUGCCAGCAGAAAAUAAUUAUUCGAUUACAGAUAAAGAGGCUUUAGCUAUUUUUUGGUCGGUUAGGAAAUUAUUCCAAUACCUACAAAACCAAGUUUUCACAAUUAGAACUGAUCACAAACCUCUCAUAGGGAUUUUGGGAGAAAAUAAAAAUAUUCCAACUAUGGCAUCUGCGAGAUUUCAGAGGUGGGCAGUUUUUUUGGCUGGAUUUCAUUAUAAACUCGAGUAUAUUAAAGGGAACGAUAAUUGCACGCCGGAUUUACUUUCGAGAUUACCAAUUGAAGGAGACGUCGUUGCGGUCGAUAGCGAAUCGCAAAGUACGUAUAUGACAUUUAUAGAAUCCGAAUAUUUUCCGAUAAAUCGUAACACAAUUAAAUUGCAAACUAACAGAGAUAAGAUUAUCAGUAAAGUUUAUUAUUAUGUGACUCAUGGGUGGCCAAAAUCGAUUAACGAUGAUUUAAAACCAUACAAGGACAGACAUACCGAUUUAUCGGUAGAGCAAGGUUGUUUAAUGUUAGGUUACAGAGUCGUAAUAUCGAGUAAAUCGCGUAAACAGAUUUUAGACGAGUUGCAUAGUACGCAUUUGGGUGUUGUCAAAAUGAAGGCAGUCGCGAGAUCGUAUGUUUGGUGGCCCAAGAUUGAUGCUCAGAUAGAAAAUUUAGUUGAAUCGUGUGAUUUUUGUAUGCAGCUAAGACAAAACCCUAGGAAGUCUGAGUUAAUACCUUGGAAUAGAUCGAGUGGUGUUUGGCAGAGAGUUCAUAUAGACUUUUUCGGGCCAUUCCAUAAUAGUUACUUUUUGGUAGUUUUAGACGCGUUCUCAAAGUGGUUAGAGGUGAAAGAGAUGAGAAGUAUUACGGCGAGCAAUACUAUUAUCGAAUUACGCGAGAUAUUUAGUAGAUGGGGGUUACCUUUAACAUUAGUGUCAGAUAACGGCGCUCAAUUAACGUCCCACGAAUUUACUACGUUUUUAAAAAGUAAUAGCAUAGUACAUUUGCGUACAGCCCCGGGACACCUUGCUACAAACGGUGCGGCUGAAAAUGCAGUGAAAGCUACCAAACGCGCAUUAUCGGCAGCAUUAGCGGAUAAAAAAAAUAAAAAUUCGCUUAAGUUAUAUUAAACAAAUUUCUUUUAGGUUAUAGAAUUGCGCCACAUUCUACUACGGGUGAAUCGCCGUCAUUUUUAAUGUUGGGCAGGAAACUACGUUGUAGGCUAGAUUUACUUUACAAAACGGAUCAGGAAGUGGUGUGUGAGAAACAAGAUAGGGCGAUAAAAAAUUAUAAUGGUAGUAAAGAAAAAGUUUUUAAUGUAGGUGAUGAGGUAAUAAUUAAGUGUUAUAAACCUGGGAGUAAGGAAUCUUGGAUAAGAGCAACAGUUAAUAUGGUCUUAGGUAAUAAGAGUUACGAGUGUGAAUCCAGCGAAGGUAUUACGUACAUUAGGCACGUUGAUCAGAUGAUAAAUGUUACACUAGUGAAUACGGAAUCACAUUUUCAGGAGAGUGAUAACGUGGGAAGUGCUCGUAUAGAUAAGGAUAAUGGUAAAGAAGCGAGGACCAAAAAAGUCCCAAGUAAAUUAAAAGAUUUUGUUUUAAAUGUAAACUAA